UAAAUCAACGUUUUGCUGGCUGCAUGUUGAGGGGGAUCUAUGUAUGCCAUUAUAUUUACUGAUUGAAUGUUCUCUUUAGCUCACGAAUCAUGAUGUGAUGCUUCAUCAGCAUUGCCAUUUACAUUCCGCUAAGGUUGUUUAUAAUAUAUUUACAUUCUCGUGUUUUUUUUUAUUUUGGUGUUGACUCAAAAGUGAACUUUUGAAAAGUGUAUAGCGUGUGUUUUGGUCAGCCGUCGUCAUGGUGAUAUGUGGAAGUAAACAUGAUGAUGACGGGCGUGAACUUUUAAGAAGUAUGGAAAAAAUUAAUGAGCAAAAACAAGGAACUGCAUUUCAGCAUGUGCGAGAGAAUAUUGAAGACCUUAAUGGAAGGGUUGGUGCUAGAGAUACUGACAUUAUAUUUUUGAAAGGUUUAAUGGAAUCCCCAGUGGUCAGUUCACUUGUGAAAGUUCAAGACCAGCUAGAGGACAGUUGUGAAUCAUUUCAACCUGUUGGUGUUGGAAAUUACAAAUUAUUGAAGGAAGUUGCCAAACUGUGUCGUAAUGCUUCAAAUAAAGAUUCUGAAGAAUUAGCUAAAUUGCUGAGCAAUCCUUAUUUUGAAGCUAUGAUUGAAGCUCAUGAUAUUGUUGCAAGUAAGAGGUAUGAUUCUCCUGAAUCUCCUCCUCUUCCUGUAACUCCAGUUCUUCAAUAUAAUGGUCCAACAACUGAAGCAAUUAGAAUGGUUGGCAUUCGCAAGACUGAUGAAGAACCUUUGGGUAUAACUGUUCGAAAUGAAGAUGAUUGCCUAGUUAUAGCAAGAAUUCUUGCUGGAGGAAUAAUUGACCGCCAAGGUCUUUUAAAUGUUGGAGAUAUUAUUCUGGAAGUGAAUGGAGCUGAAGUUCAUACACCUGCGGAACUGCAGCAGCAACUUCAGAAAUCUAUGGGUAGCGUGACAUUCAAAAUUCGUCCUUCGAACUCAGACAUUAUUUCCCCAACACAGACGUAUGUGAAAGCGUUGUAUGCUUAUGAUCCGUCCAAGGAUUCCCUUUUACCAUGUAAGGAUAUUGGUCUUUCAUUUAAACAAGGCGAUAUUCUUCAAAUCUUAAAUCAGGACGAUCCUAAUUGGUGGCAGGCUAGAAGAUUAGAUGCUAUGGGUCACGCUGGAUUAAUUCCCUCGCAAGAGCUUGAGGAAAGGCGACGCGCCUUUGUACGUCCAGAAUUCGAUCAUGCUACGAAGAGUACUAUGUGUGGAACAAAAAUAAUUAAAAAGAAGAGGAAGACGAUGUAUCAAAGCAGAGCAAAUGCAGAAUUUGAUAAAGCUGAACUGCUUUUAUAUGAAGAAGUAGCCCGCAUGCCACCCUUCGAGCGAAAAACAUUAAUUCUUCUUGGUGCUCAAGGCGUGGGACGGCGGACGAUGAAAAAUCGAUUAAUAAAAGAAGAUCCUAACAAAUUUGGAACACCAAUUCCACAUACUUCUCGACCAAUGCGUGAUACGGAGACAGAUGGAAAGAAUUAUUUUUUUGUAACCAAGGAAGCAAUGGAAGCUGAUAUUGCUGAAAACAAAUAUUUAGAAUAUGGAGAACAUAAUGGGCAUUUAUAUGGUACUAAAUUAGAGUCCGUUAGAGCUAUUAUUCGAGCUGGGAAAAUGUGCAUCCUUGAUUGCAAUCCACAGGCUUUGAAGAUUCUUAAGACUUCAGAAUUCAUGCCAUAUGUUGUGUUCAUUGCUGCUCCACCAAUUGAUCAACUGAAGAAUAUGCAUGAGUUUGGACGACAUCACAAUUAUAGCAGUAAAAAUUUAACGUUUGAUCGUGCUAUGGGAAGACAUGGAUCAAGACGUGCUAGAACUAUGGAAAGCUUAGCAUCCUUAUAUGAGGAGGAAGACCUCAGAAACACGGUAGAAGAAAGUGCACGAUUGCAAAGAGCAUUUGAUAAAUAUUUUGAUUUAGUUUUGCUAAACACAAAUUUUGAUAAGACUUAUGAGCAGGUAAAAGAGGCUAUUGAUGCUUUAUCCACAGAACCACAAUGGGUUCCAAUUUCUUGGGUAUAUUAAAGACUUUUAUUGUUUUUUUAUAUCAUUGAACAUAUUUUAUAUUAAUGAAUAUUAUUUGGAAAUUCUACGUUUUCAUCUGAAAAAAUUCUGUUCAUUAAUGUGUUUUUUUUUCGCUUUGAAACCUGUGAUUCUGUAAUCUGAUUUUAAAAGAAUGCAAUGCUGGUGAUGCUUUGGUGAAAAAGUUCUCAUUGUUGCAGCUAAUGAAUACAAAUGUUGAUGCUUUAAAUGGUUUAUGAUGUUGUUUGAUGCUUAAAAUUGAAAUGAUGAAAUGAAAUAUUUUUGGCAACUCCCGCUUGCUACUUCAGUAAAAUUUGUCUUCCAUGUUUUCAAAUAAAUAUCGGUUUUGAAAUUGUUACUAUGUAGUGAAAGGCUCUGUAGUAAGCUAAACGUUAAAGAAAAAAUUGUGUAUUUGUAUUAUACAUAUGCUGUUUUAAUCAUUCAUAUUCACAUAUUCAUGCAUGUAUAAAACUCGGAUGCAUUUAGUUGCUGUGUAUGAGCAUUUAGUCAGUAUGUUAAAUUCAGUGCAACAUUAGUCAUUGAAGUACAAAGUUUAAAGAUCUAACUUUGGUCAGACAUUGUAUUUUUCUGGCGUACUUGUCUUAAUUUUCAUUUACAUCAUAAUCUCUUAACAGAAACGGAAAUAUUUUUUCUCAGAAGCAAAUGUCUAUUGUACUUCUAACAUAAAGAUUUUAUAUUUUUCCAUUUUUGUAAAUAGCUGUAUGAAGCUAGUUUUCUGAUAAAAUAUACCUCCAGUUGAGAAUGUAAUAUGCAUACAUACUCCAUAUUAUAUCAUUUCAAAAAUGUAUGUUCUGAUAUCACAUUUUAAAAGCACCAAAUGAUAUCAAAUUUAAAAAAAAAUUAGAUUCGAUUUCAAUAUCCAUUUGUUUCUGUCGCCAUAUUUAUCCACAUUUUAGAGUUUGGGUAGAUCAUUUUUAGUACAUUUCAUGACAAAAUGAUUCAUAUUUUUUACUUUUAAAAAAAGCUCAUGACUUUUUUACUUGUUACUAUGAGAAAUAGUUGAAAAAUAUUAAGAUAUGCAAGUGAUGGAUUUAUCUGAACAAAAUGCUGAUUUCAAUUUAAAAAAAAAAAAAAUUAGUAAUUUAAAAUAAUAUCUGUUUCAAAAAGUCUUAGAAGAAUUUGUUGGUGCAUUUUUGAUACUGUUAACAUCAUUAGCUUACAAAAGCCUCUUCUGUAUAUGAUUGAAAAUGUUCAUUAGAAUUCUAAGAAUAAUAAUGUUUGAUUUAGCUAUUGACCUGAUAAAUAAAUUUUGUUGUCUGAUUGUAAAAAAUUUGAAUUUGUUCUGCAUGAAUAAAUUGAUAUAAAAUAUUCAUUUAAUUUUUCUGUUGUGUAUUCAAAAUUUUGCAUAAUCCUAUAUUUUUUCCCCUGCUAUCCAUUUUACUUUUUAUUCUCGUGGUUUUGGGUAUUUGGUAUUGGUGUUUUUUUUUUCUUCGGUAUUCAUUUUUGUGUCAACGUUUUUUGCAUCCUCUGCGUUUGAUUUUUUCCCCAAUGGUGUAAUCGGCAUUUGAAUGGAAUAUUUGAGGGAUCUGAUAUUUGAAUAGUUUAUUUAUAGAAGACACAUUCUAACGUUUAUUAAAAAUGCAGUAUACUCCGUCCCUGAUAUCCUAUAGUGAAUUGAAAAGUUUUUUCGAGUUGGUUUUCCAUUUUUUUUGUAUAUUUUGAUGUUUUUAUAUGAUUUUAUAGAUUUAUUUACAUUCCAUAUUUUUUUUUAUCUUAAGCAUUUGUUUGUGAAUUUGAGUUAUUAUGAAUAUAAAAUUUUCUUUAUUUGAACUUCAAAAAAAAUUGUUUAAUUGCAUGUAAUAUUAUGGCUUGUAUCUUCUUUAAAUGGCAAUGGUCUCUAGGUCUCUAUGUUAAUCAUUAUUUAUUGAAUUCAAUUCAUUUAUGUGAAAUUUUUGUUGUUGUUUAACAUUAGAUAUUUUUUAUCCUUUUUUUGUGGUAUUGUAAAUUAGGUAUACAAAGCAGUUAUUAUUUCAUAGUCAUAUGAAUAAGUAUUGUAAAUACUAUGAAGUAUAUCGUUUUGCCAUUGUUUAUAUGAGGAUGAUGUAAAAUAUAUUGCUGUUAUUUGCUUCUGAAAUUGUGCUAUUUAGUAACAAACUCCAGCUCAAAAUGCAAUUCCUCUUCCCCUUGUUUUUUGUAUUCUCGAUUAUAAUUAAAGUACUUCAGCAAAUUUCUCUUCUUUUUCUAGAGAAGUUUAUUAAAUGCAUACAUGAUUAAUUUCAUGAAGUUUUAGAAUUUCUAAGUAUUGCCAAAAAGUAUAGACUUUUUUUUAAUGGAAUAAUAAAUUUGUGGUAAUUAUGUUAAAAUUUUACUUCCUGUGCUAUUGACUUUUCCGAAUUUUUGAAAUUAAAGCAACUAACUUUAUGGCGAAAAUUACUUUUUAUCGAUAUAUGGAAAAAUUCUUGCUGGAACAAAAUUAUUAUUUUUACAAAUUAUAAAAAGACCACGUUCAUCUUCUGUUUUGUUAUAACUAAUGAAACAAUUGUUAUAGUACACCCCAUAUAAUAAAUUAUAUUGUGAAAAUCUGAUUCAUAGAAUUCUAUUGUUAUGCAUAACGGUUUGCUUUCACUCACUGAAUCUAUUUACAGCUUAUCAGUGCUUCAGAUAUAUUAAUUAUCUGUAUUUUAUACCUUUCAAUGAUCACCUUUAAAUCUUGAUUCUGAUUAGCAUGCCCUCAUAGUUUGUGACAUUUCUGUUACUUCAUUGGAUUUCUUUUAUUCUCAUUUAUUCGGCUUUUUCUUAUAUAUAUAUUUUUGUUUUAUCUUCAGAGUCACUAUUUUUAACGUAUUUUUAUUUCUAAUAUUUUUUUAAAUUUUUAUUUAAAAAAAUAGUAUUUCCCUGAUAUACGAAUGAUGGAAUUAUUUGUGUUUUAAAAUGCUACAAUAUUAACUGUCUAUAUUUGGUAACACAAAUGCAUUUUCAAUGGUUUUAUCUUCUCUAUAGUUUGAUAUAUAUAAAAGAAAAUAUCCUGUUAUAUAGACAAGACUUUUACAAUAUUUCUGCAUGGAGUAUUCAGCUAUUUUUUUUUAUAAGCACUAAUCAUAAAAGUUGUUGUUCAGAUGGAAUAAAGUAUCCAUUCUGUAAUAUAUUUUCAUGUGAUUGCCAUUUAAUAUCAUAUUCUGUGUGUUUAUUACAUGAAAGCUUUUUUCUUAUUAUUGAGUUGUCGUAGAUAUUGUAACUAAAACCACAUUUAGCAGAAAUUUUGAAUGCUUAACCAUGAUAUGCCUUGUCUUAAAAUAUGUGCAGCUACUCAAAAGAGUAUUGUCAGUUGUAUAUGCAAAAUUAAUUGUGUCUUGUAUGAUUUUCCUGCCUACAAAGCUAUCAUUUAUAUUAUGUAGAUUAUAUAAUUUUGAAAUAUGCAUCUUUUGGAGCUUUAAGUAAUUUCAAGAAUCACAAUUUGUAUAAAUUUUAUUAUAUCACAUAGUUAUUCAUUAUCUUCUGAAUAUAAAAAUUAAAUACUAAAUAUAUGGUCUUUGGGCAUUGUAUAAACACAUAUUUGCUGCGCUUUGACAAUCUCUGUACUUGUAAAUAGCAUACUUUUAAAUUUGCAUCUGCAUUCUUAGAAAAUGUUUUAUUUCCUAUUAUUUUCGAAAGAAAUUUAUAAUAUAUAUAAAUGUAUUUGCACUUGGAAGCAAAAUUUUGCAAAACUUUUUAUUGUAUAAAAAUGUUUAUUUUUAGUUUUUCCCAUAAUAGCUUAUAAUAAAUGCAUCUCGGAAUUGUCUAAUCUUUGACUCCCUCUCAUGCCAUUUAUCAUAUUUUCAUUUCAAAAACGGCAGAUGUAUUAUCACUUGAUAUAAAAGUUAGUAAAUGCUUUUAAAACAUAUAUAAUGAUUUUUUUUUUUCAUUUUUUAUCUUUAUUUUAUCAUGAACUAUAUUUGCGAUUUUUUAAAAAUGUUUUAUUGUGCAGCUUCUUCUUUCAUUUUUACAACCAUUGUUAUGUAAUUUUGUCUCCAUUUACGAUUUGCUCAGAAUUAUUAUUUUAAAUUUUAUUCUUUAGUUAAUUUGUAUACUUGAUUUGGGUAUUGCACACUGUUUAUGUUAAAGUGAACCUUGUCAUUUUUUUAUUAUUUAUUUGUUUGGAGUUUAUUGAAUGAGGAUCAUUCCUUUAUAUAAUUAUAAUUAGAACAAGGGAUUUAUGUAUGAAUUAGUGGUUUUUUAUAUUUCGAUUUUAAACUAAUGUUAUUUAAUUUAAAAGUCCGUUUUUAGUCAGAUUUGUUUUAUUGGUUAAAUUGAAUUGUAUUAUUUUCUCAAAAAUGUAUUGGCAUUGGAGGAUUACUUCUACUUUAUGUUUUAAAAUAGGCUUUUUUUUUUUGGAGAAAUUUUUCAUUACUUAUGUUUCAUUGAAUAAAUUUUUCUUGUGUAUUCAGCAUUUGAGAACUUUCUUCUCUUUUAUUUUGUUAUUCUAAAUUUUUAUGUAUUUUGAGUAUGUUCUGCCAUUUUUGAUUUGACAUAUAUUUGUUUAUUUGCAUGAUAUCUCUUUCUAAUUACAAUUGUUUUGUUUUUUCUCUCUUUGUUGGUUUUAUUCAUUACUUUGUGAUAUAUUUCUG